AUGCUUGUACAAUACAUUCUUGCUAAUAAUAUAUCUUCUUUUUCUUUCUCAGGAGAGCCUUGUAAUCCAAAUCUAAUUAAAUUGUUAGUGAGUUAUGUGACAGAAAAAUGCACCCUAUGGAAUGUGUAUGGUCCAGCGGAGACAGUAAUCUGUACAUAUUAUCAGAUUAAUCCAAUAACAGAUACUGAAACCAUUCCAAUCGGUAUAUCAACAAAUAAUUACGAAUGUCUUAUACUCGAUGAAUAUUUACAACAUGUUGCCAUUAGUCAGGAAGGCCAAUUGCUUGUUGGAGGAGUUGGAGUCUUUGAGGGCUAUCUUGAACGUGAUGAUUUGAAUGCGAAAAUGUUGUUGGAGAUCAACAAUGAACUGUUUUAUCGAACAGGUGAUCUUGUUCGAAUGGAUAAAAAUGGCCUUCUUCAUUAUAAGGGUCGAAAAGAUCAUCAAGUCAAACUACAUGGACAGCGUAUUGAAUUGGGAGAAAUCGAACAAUGUUUGCUCCAAUCAUCCGUUUCCGCUUGUGUUGUUGUGAAAUGGAACGAUGAUCAUCUGGUGGCCUAUGUUCAAAG